UUUGGGAAGCUUGGAACAAUUUCUGUCAAGGUAGGUACGAUCCCCCUCUUCAACCAGAUUGGCGGGAUUCUCACAAAGUUGCUGUACCCCGUACCCUGUCUGGGAACAAUUCGCUUCACAACGUUCGUAGUCCUUUCAGAUCGUCUUUCUCCCGGUUCAUCGCAUCGCUUCCGAGUGUCAGCUGAGAAUGCCAUCGGACGAGGAACUUCAAUUGAGUCGAAAAAAGUGACAUUAUCUGCAGAGACAGCACUUUGCAUGGAAAAGCCCACAGCGAUCUCAUCAGCUGGCUCGAUAAUUGCGAUGUGGAAACGGUUGCCGGACGAUGACGUCAACUACAUCGUUGAAAUUAAGGAGGCGAACUCAAGACGAUCAUGGAAAGCUGUCAGCGCUGAACCAGUACAAGGAGACUCCUACACUAUCAGCGGUUUGAAUCCUGGAUCAGAGUAUAUUGUGCGAGUCACGGCUGUGACUUCCGAAAGCCAAGGAACGCCUUCGGAACAAAGCGAAAUCGUCAAAUUCGAGGAUGUUAGAGAGGAGCCGUCAUUCCUGAGUGUGCCUGGUGAUAUGAUAGCCAUCAAAGGUUCCAAACUCAAGCUUACAGCGGAAUUCAGUGGUUUCCCACAGCCGGAGGUGCGCUGGAUGAAGAACAGAAAGGUACGGUACUAUAUGAUGGCAUUUUUUCUCCUCCUACAUGCCAUACUUUCCCAGGAAAUCUUUUCUGGAACGCGGCAAUGGACCCACACAUCCAGUGGCGUGUCUUGCUUGUCAGUUGCCGAGAUACGAGAAGAAGACGAAGGAGAGUAUACG